GGGAUCGUGUCAUUACUUUCAAUCCGCGCCAUUCUUUGAUAACGCGUUUGUGCUUGUCGGGGCGUUUGCGUCGAUGUCGUCGUUCGCACGGUAUUGAACGUCGUUUGACUGACCUUGCGAUGGAGCAGCGCAAACUCCAGAUCGCGGGUUUCGCUCAAGACUUGUAGUUACGGUGAGGGAAUCGGUCGGCAGCGCGACAUGACUCGUGCCGCGUUUGCCUUGUCGGCGGUGACUCUGCUUCUGAGUGCACUGGGUCGUGUCGUGGAAUCUGCCGUACUUCUGGAGGAACAUCGCGUCUAUUCGUCGCCACAGAAGUACGACUACGUCGGGGGCAUCGAUGUCUACUGCUGGGAGCCACUACACGACGGCCCGAGCUACCUCGAGGUCUUCAGGACAGCCUCGGUCGAGUUUUCCGUCGCCCCCGAUGACCUGCAACUGUUCACCGGUGAAGAUGAGCAGACCGUGCAGCAGAAGUACUUCAGCAGCGGCGUCGAUUUCUCCUUUUUGGCGACCAAGUCGCCGCGCCAGGUCAGCUUUCUGAACAGUCGCCGCCGCCGCUGCCUCGGUGUGUUUUCGAGAGGAGCUUACGAGUUCGCGUUCGUGCGCAACGUCAACCGUCGAGGCAUCGUUCAGUUCUGCGUCGGCGUCGUCGCUUUCUUCGCGGCCCCCGCCGUUGCCCGCAGCGCUGCUGUUUUCUACACCUUCGGCACCGGCAUCGGCGUCCUCGCAUUCCUUCUGAUUGCGGUGUUCCUCGUGAGUCGCUUGCUUCCGCGCAGGGUCGCAGGCUACGCCCUCGUGCUCUUCGGCUGGACGCUGGUCGUGUCGUGGCUCGAGUUCCUCUGGUCAAACGUGCAGGACGUCGUGGACAACUACCGACACUACGUCGUCUGCUACGUCGUCGGUUCGGCUGCCCUGAGCUUCGCCGUCUGCUAUCGCGUCGGACCGCCUAGCAACCCUCGAACGCUCGACUUGAUUCAGUGGUCGCUUCAGCUGGCCGGUCUGGCCUGCGUCUACUUUUCGUCUGACAGGAGCGACCUGAUGGCUGCCGUGGUGGUAGUGAUGCUGUCGAUCUACCUGGCGCUGUCGUACCGCUGGUCGCGCAGGCCUCCCGCAUCGAGCUCUCACGACGCCGACGGCUCGACACCUACCGUGCCGCUACGGUUGACACCUGCUGUCGAACAGGACGCAAGGCCGACAGAUUCGCCGAGAGCUUCGAGUUGCACGCAUUUCAGUGAUGAUGGCAUGUGGACUAUAGUUACGAAGAUACGGGCUCCCCAAGCGAAGAAAAUCGCCAUGUGUAUUCGCGCUGACGACGGCAUACGCUCGCCAAGACAGUGGAUGACGGUGUCGGAACGUGGCAUGCUAGAAAAUGGUGGGGACGAGUUGGAUUAUUUCCACGAGGAGCCAAAUGUAGAUGAGCCCGACGACUCAGAAUGAGUGCAGAUGCCGCGGAUUUGUAUAUCGCAGCGAUCUAUUGAUCUUUACAGAAGGUACUAAGCAAUGCAUUGCUAAGUGAUCUGUUUACAAUGCUCAAUUUUGCCGCGGCGGCCCGAUGUACAGAACCCCUUUUGUCGAACCUGUGGGUGCAUUUUUUUUUUUUUUUUUCCGGUAGUGCCCAUCUUGAAGAUACCUGGCCAAGUUUUCCUGAUAUAUUUCGUCACUGAUCUGCCUUUUUAUGCUGUGCUUCAAUGGAAAAGUCCUAAACUGGCUCACUACGUAUUUAAAUAAAGAAGUUUAAAUUUGAGAAUCGGUGCUCUGUGUGAAGGUUUGUGCGAUGCAUACGCUAAGAAAAACAUAUUUUUUGGUUGUAUCAUUUGUUUGUUAUUUGGAGCCCUCACUGAGGUGACCAAGGUAGUUCGACCUGGACAGCCUUUUCAAAAACCACACGGGCAAAAUGCUUGUACAUCUCAAUCCUUUAUUGACCUUUCACUCCAAACAUAGUGCAAACAGUCAUAGGCAAUAAGAUGGGGCUCGCAUGCAAACUUCAUUUGGGAAUUGGUAGCAAGAACUGAAAAAAAGUUGCAAAAUAGCGCACCAGCAGCCUCUUUCUU